CAAGUGCAUCACUUCCGGCUACCGAUUUGUCUAAAAAUACAAAUAUACAAAAGGAUCCAUACGUACUAUGGCGACAACAACAACAACAAAAACGAAAAGAAUUAGAACAACAAGAAAUGCAACGAAAGCAAGAGAGACAAUACAUUUAUAAAUUAUCUCGAAUGAACUAUUGGAAAUGGAUGGAUAUGUAUGAAGAACAACAGCAAGCACAACUGGAACAUUUCUUAGAAUGGGAAGAUCUUGAAAUGCAACAGUUAGAAGAGGAACACAAUGAGCAAUUGAAACAGAUCGAACAUGUGAAACAAUUAGACAGAGAAGAACAACAGCAAGAAAGUGUUAGAAAAUUAGAAGAUUCAGAACAAUUUGAACAGCAAAAACUAAUGGAACAAUUAAAACACUUGGAACAUUCGCAACAAUAA